AUGCGAUUACCUAAAGAAAUGAAGAUGCUUUUCAAUCUAUCAAUAUUUAUCAGUUUAGUAAUGGUGCUUAUGUUUCAGAUUGCACAUAUAGAUGCAGCUGCAUUUAAUAAUGAAAAAUUACCUAUGAUUGAAAGUAGUUCAAGUGAUGAAAAUGAUGCAUCAUUACGAAAUAAAAAAGAAGUUGGUACAAUAUCAGUACAACAUAUUAUUCCAGCACCUCAUCGACGUCAUCAUUUGAAAUUUGGUGUCCUUGGAAAACGUCAUGCUUAUGGCUAUUUGGGUAAACGAGCUGAAACACAAGAACUCUACAAUGAUUUUGAUGAUUGGUUAAAUGAUGGUAGAGAACGACGUGGUAAUCGACCACAAUAUGGUUUAUUAGGUUAA